CAAACAAGCCAGAUGGGGAGAGGGCAGGAUGUGAGGAGAGAGAAAAGCAAGCAAUAUUGAGACAGAAAACAGAACGGACAAGCCACGUGAGGAGAGAGAGGGGUAAAGGAGGGAAUAUAUUUUACCUUAAUUUUGGUUGGUAGCCUUUGUCACCGUGUAUAUGGAUGGAUGGAGUAACAAGCAUCCUUACUAUUGCCAACGCGGAAUGUAGCUUUAACACGCGGAGUGAAUGAAGCAUCUUUUUACUAUUGCCAAACGCGGAAUCUAGCUUUAACGUGGAAGGAAGGAAGCAUCUUAUCUUUACUAUUGCUGCCAAUUACAGCAUCUUUCUUUCCUGUGCUGUGGAUUGGAGCUCCGUCGUCGUCUCCCCUGCAAGCAAGCUGUGGUGUGGUGUGGUGGAUCUGAGAGAGAUCCAAAAGCACAGCUUUGGUUGAAGAUUAAUUAAUUAGCUGCUUCCUCUCAUUUCAGACGAGGUAUUCAUCUGUUCCUUAACUCUCUCUCUCUCUUUUUAUUUUCUUUGGCAGUUGAGUCAAUAUAAGAGUUCGAAUGGUACCAACCUAGAUAGAAUAAAGAAAGAAAGAAAGAAAAAUUUUGUUUGGAUUUUCUCCUCCUCCUUAAUCUCCACACGCACACACACACAUAUAUAGCUACCUCUUUGAAAUCUCAUUUCACAGGACGGGAGGAAAUUGAUUAUGACAAACAUCAUGGAGUCAUGUGUGGGGAAGAUUCUCAGUUUUCUCGUAGGACCCGCGAUUACGCAUGGGGAUUAUGUGAUUCAAUACAAGAAAAAUGUCACGCUACUCGAACAAGAAAAUAGGAGGCUCCGUGAUAAAAAGGACAGAAUCCAGGGAAGGGUGGACCUAGAGAUGAACUAUGGGAAAGUCAUUGAAACUGAGGUCUCCAGUUGGCUGGAGGAAGUAAAUAAGAUGGAACGAGACAUUGCCAACUUCCUGCGUCAACAAGAAAACGAAGAACAGAUGGAACGAGACAUCGCCAGCUUCCUGCGUCAACAAGAAAACGGAGAACAGAUGGAACGAGACUUCGCCAACUUCCUGUGUCAACAAGAGAAUAAAGAACAGACGGAACGAGACAUCGCCAACUUCCUGCGUCAACAACAAAACGGAGAACAGAUGGAACGAGACUUCGCCAACUUCCGGCGUCAACAACCAAACGGAGAAUCUUUCAGGUGUUUUCUGGGCUGCAUGUGUCCCAACUUAAUGUGGCGUCACAAGAGGGGUAAGGAAGCUCACGAGAGGAAGGAGGUCGUCAGUGAACUGAUAAGUCGGGGUGAGAAUCUAGAGAGGUUGCCAGUGGCACGCGAUGCACCUUUCCGAUCAGACCUGCACUUUGUUUCUCCUCGGUAUUACACCAAGUUCCAAUCAAGAGAUUCAGUUGUUGACAAAAUCAAUAAUGCUUUGAAGGAUUCUGGGGUUCACGUGAUUGGGGUCCACGGGCCUGGUGGAGCCGGGAAGACGACGAUGGUGAUAGAGGUUGCAAACGAAGCUACGAAACAAGGAAUUUUUGAUAAAUUUGUGGUAGCAGUUGUGUCUAAAGAUCUAAAUAUCUCAAAAAUACAAGAAGAACUUGCAUCCCAAUUGGAUUUCAAUUAUAAAAAAAUAGGUGACAUAGGAAGAGCGGAUGAGCUACGAAAGGCAUUGUCGAACAGGGGGAAAAAGAUAUUGGUAAUAUUGGAUGACCUUUGGCAAGUGCAAGUCUUGAAUGCAAUUGGAAUUCCUACUUCAGGUUGCAAAAUUUUACUAACCUCGCGUAACGAAGAGGUCCUCAGAGGGAUGGAGGUUCAUUUAUGUGUUCCAAUUGGGUACUUGGAGGAGCAAGAAGCAUUGAAGCUAUUUACAAAUGUGACAGGAGAUUUUCGAGUUGAUGAUUCGACAGCAAGAGAGGUAUGCAAUAGAUGUGGAGGUCUACCUAUUGCUAUAGUUGCAGUUGGAGCUGCAUUAAGGGGCAAGGAAGAGGCUGCGUGGUGGGAUGCACUUCACCAAUUAGAGAAUUGCCGCAUAAAAUACAUUGAAGAAAGGGUACCAAGGGGUUAUAUCACCUUGAGGUGGAGCUAUGAUUUUCUAGAAGACGAGGAUGCAAAGUCGUGCUUCUUGCUCUGCUGUUUGUUCCCCGAAGAUGCUGAGAUUCCUAUUGAUGACUUGGUUAGAUAUAGCUUUGCCUUGGGGUUCCUUAGAAUGGUGGAUUCGCUGAAACAUGCAAGAUAUAGAGUACAAUCCAAGGUUGAUAAGCUGAAAAGCUCUUGCUUGUUGCUAAAUGGAAAAAACAAGAAUUUUGUUAAAAUGCAUGACGUCAUUCGUGACCUUGCAAUUUCUAUAACAGAGGAGAAGCAAAUUGCACACGGAGGUAGUCGUGAUUGGCCAGGGCAACAACAGUUCAUGGUAAAUCACAAUAUUAAAGAGUGGCCAAAGAAUGAUGCCUGGGAACAUCACACAGCAAUCUCAUUAAGGAUCAAUAAUGACAACAUUAGUUUUCCUCGCGGUGCGCUCCAUUGUCCACUAAUGCAAACCAUUGUGUUGCAUGAAAUUCCAAAUGAUUUAGAAAUUCCAACUGAUUUCUUUCAAGGCAUGAAGGAGGCAAGAGUUUUAGAUUUGAAAUACAUACGGAAGGACCUCCCAUCAUCGAUUUUGGAGUUGGAUCAACUUCGGAUGUUACGUCUAAAUUAUUGCCAAUUAUGGGAAGACGACUUGUCUACAAUUCAAAAUCUAAAUAAUAACAUUGAGAUACUUAGCUUUGAGGGAUCUAAGAUAAAGGAGUUGCCACAAGAGAUUGGGAAAUUGACUAGUUUGCGAUCCUUAGAUCUAAGAAAGUGCUACCUAAAUGUGAUUCCAGAGGGUGUGAUAUCCAAUUUGAUCCAUCUAGAAGAGUUGUAUGUUACAGAUUGGGAUAUCACUAUAGUUGGUGGGGGAAUGAGCAAUGCGAGCAUUACUGAGCUGAAAUCAUUGAAGCAAUUAACAGUUUUACAUAUUACAAUUUUCACAUAUGGUAAUUACAGGACUAUCUUCCAAGAAUGCGGCUACUUAUUUGAGAAAUUGAUUGAUUUUUUUAUAUGUAUAAACACUUCAUUUUUUCGAUCCCUAAAUGAGUUGAGAAUUCGGGAUAUUCACGAUAUAGAUGGGUUUCACCUCUUGAUGGACAAAGUUGAGAUCUUGGAAUUGUCUAACAUUCAAGACUUGAGAUAUCUACGUAGCAAGCCACAGCUACAGGUUACACCAAGUGGUGGGGGAUCUUUUUCUAAAUUAAUCAAUUUAGAUAUUUUUAAAUGUCAGAGCAUGAAAUAUGUCUUUUCCCCAUCCUGUGCCAAAGCACUUCAACAACUCAAAACACUUAAAGUACACUAUUGUAACAGUGUGGAACAAAUAAUUGGAGUAGGAGAUCAUUGUAAUGAAGGGGAAGUCGUAGCUGAUGAAAUAAUUAUUUUCAGUCGAUUGAGAAUGAUAAAUUUGUCAAAACUUCCACAAUUUAAAAGCUUCUACCCCAAAAUGGAGAAGAUAGCAAUUGAGGAAAACGCUUCAAAUUGGACUACAGCAGCAAAAUCUAUCUUCAAUGAAAAGGUAUCUUUUCCUGUCUUGGAGGAAUUGACGAUUAAUGAGUUACCGGCAGAAGAUAUUUGGAAUGAGCAAACGAUUCAAUCCUCAAACAGAUCAAACAAAAUAUCUUUUUCUCAACUGAGGCACAUUAAAGUAACCCAAUGUCAUAAGUUGGUAAAUGUGUUCCCUUCAAAUAUGUUCCUACAAUUGCAAAAUUUGGAGACAUUACGUGUUCAGAGGUGUUCUUCUUUGGCAUUGCUGGCUGAAAUCCUCAAGCCUAAUAUCCAAAGUCAUACAAUUAAAGUGUUCCCAAAGUUGAGACAUCUUGAGUUACUUAGUCUGCCCAAAUUGAUGAAAAUAUGGCCUAAUGAUGAGGACUACUGCUCUAAUGACAAUUAUAUCCAUUUAUACCUAAAAAUUAUAUCAAUUAUUUGUUGUGGUAGUUUGAGACAUGUAUUUCCAGCUUUUGUUGCUAGACAUCUUGUGUGCAUUGAAGACUUUGCAGUAUAUGAAUGUCCUAAAAUGGAAGUGAUAGUAUCAGAGGCAAGCAUAGAAGGAGUGAUCGAUGAUGGUAUUAUUGAGUUCUGCCAAUUAAAAACAUUGACGCUUGGAAAUUUGCCAAAUCUCAAAAGUUUUUCUCAAUCCAAGUCUGAAACAUCACAUUUAUUUAACCAGGUAUCUUUUCCUAUCUUGGAGGAAUUGAAUAUUAGUGAGUUACCGGCAGAAGAUAUUUGGAAUGAGCAAACAAUUCAAUCCUCAAACAGAUCAAAUGAAAUAUCUUUUUCUCAACUGAGGCACGUUAAAGUAACCCAAUGUCAUAAGUUGAUAAAUAUGUUCCCUUCAAAUAUGCUCCCACGACUGCAAAAUUUGGAGGCAUUAGUUGUUUGGAACUGUCUUUCUUUGACAUUGUUAGUUGAAGACCUCAACCCUAACAUCCAAAGUCCUACAGAUAAAUUUAAACUCAUUGAUGUGUUUCCAAAAUUGAGAGAUCUUGAGUUAGAUACUCUGCCCAAGUUGAUGAAAAUGUGGCUCAAUGAUGAGGACUACUUCUCUAACGACAAUUAUGUUUGUUUAUGCCUAGAAACUAUAUCAAUUAGACAUUGUGAUAGUUUGAGACAUGUUUUUUCAGCUUUUGUUGCUAGACAUCUUGCGUGCAUCGAACACUUAUAUGUAGAAGCAUGUCUUGGAAUGGAAGUGAUAGUGUCAGACGCAAAGGAAGAAGGAGUGAUCGAUAAUGGUAUUAUUAACCUUGGCAAAUUAAAAACAUUGCAGCUUAGGGAUCUGUCAAAUCUCAAAAGUUUUUCUCAAUUCAAGUCUGAAGCAUCACAUUUAUUUAACCAGGUUAUUUUUUCCAAGAUCAAAUAUGUUAUUUUGAGUGGCCUUUCAAGAGAGAUACAACUCUGGGAUCUUCUAGCUACCACACAAGAACAUCUACACGUGAAAAUAAUUAAAUGCCAAGUCUCAACCAAAGUUUCGUCUCAUCCUCAAAUGCGAAGCUCUAGAAUGAUCUUCAACAACUUACUCUUAAGGGAUUGCCAGGGGUUCAAACAUGUUAUUGAUCUCAAUGGCACAAUAAGCAUUGGUGAAAAGCAGUUUGUUGAUGUGAAAAGGUUAACGCUCCAUAGGUUACCUGAGUUGGUGUUUCUAUGGAACAUGAAUUUUCAUGGAAGCUUAAAGGAAAUAGUUAUCAAAGAGUGUUCCCAAUUGAGAAGUUUGUUUACACAUUCUAUGGCCAAGACUCUUCAACAUUUAAAAAUGCUAUCAGUGAUAUCUUGCGAAAUGAUAGAAGAGAUUAUUAUUAUUGAAGAGAAAAAUAUUAAUUUUGCAGGAAAAGAGAAGGCAACUCGCCAUAUUGAAUUUCCAAAAUUAAAAAAGUUGUAUCUAAAUGGCCUACCAAACCUCAAAAACUUUUGCAACGAUGAAAGAGAUUCAUUUAGCUUUUCAUCAUUGUGCAAUAUUCAAGUGAAGCGUUGCCCAAAGAUGAAGACCUUUGCUUCUGGACAAAUUUGCUUGCCACCAAGGAUGAUACGAGCCUGGGUAGAAUAUAAAGAGGUUGAAAUCACAGAUCUUAAUGCAUUUUUUGAGUCCAGGAAUGAGGAUAACAACCACAUGAUGAUAAAGUGCAGAGAUGACUCUGACGAGGGUGAAUAUGACUCGUAUGUUGAUAUUUCAAGUGGCGAGGGUGAAUAUGACUUACGUGUUAAUAUUUCAAGUGAAGAUGACUAAUUUUGAUAUUGCAAAGUUGUGCUAAUCUCUAGGCAUCAAGGGGUAUUCAAAAGGAUAUAUUUUCCAAUUGGAUACUUAAAGAGGAACCAGAGGCGUAGACGCAGUUUACCAAGGUGAGGGGAGAUGUUGAAGUCGAUCAAUUGGUAGUAGGAAAGGUGCGGAAAAAAUAAGGAGGUUUGCCUAUUGCUAUAGUUGCAAUUGGAGUUGCAGGAAAGGGUGAGGAAGCUCAAUGCUCUAGUCUUCACGAAUUAGAGAAUUCCCCCGUAAAAUUCUAGAAGUUGAGGAUUCCAAGUCAUGCUUCUUGCUCUAAUCUAGCCUUUGUUCGCAGAAGAUGCCAAGAUGUCUUCUAUUGAUGAUUUGGCCAGAUAUGUCUUGGCCUUGAGGUUGUAAGAAUUUUUUAAGUACAAGCUAUGGUUAAUCUCCUAAAAAGAUUUUGGUUGUUGCUAAAUGGAAGAGGCAAGAAUUUUGUUAAAAUGCAUGAUGCUA